GAUAGGUUGUAUUUACAGACCGAUUUACUCCUGGGAAAUUUUCUGGAAUUUGCACUAUUCAUAAUCAUUAUAAUAUAGACUGUAGACAGAUGGAAAUCCCCCAGGACCGUUAUCUAAGAAUCUGAGGUGUCUACUAUGCAGAAAAGUACGUGAUUCGGGGGAGUUGGGAAUGUGAGAUGAAAUCCAAUCAAUGAGCAUUUUUUGCCUUCAAAAUGACACAAAGUCAGUAUUUGUUCUAAGGGCAAGUGGUAAAAAAGCUAAUUUCUAAUUUUGGUAAAAAAGUUAGUCAGCCCCUAUUUCUUAUCUAUGGUAAGUAUGUAACCGAUGCACAACUAGAACUACAUGGGCUGAUGACUAUUCUCUUCAAAUUCUUUAAAAAGUCUGUAAUACAAUUGAAUAGUAGAAAUUUUAAUUUACUCUCUGUUUAAUUGCCAAGAGAUUUCUGUGGGAAAAUUAAUGUGCUACCCAGUUAAAUGUAUAUGUCAUAAAAAAUGGUUCUAACAGAUAAUGCUCCACAUAAAGAAAUGCCUUUACCUAUGCAUCUCUUUUUUUUUUAAUGGCUUAAGCUUUCCGUCGGUGAGAACCUCUUAGUGAGAACAUGCCUCUUGCAAAGGAUCUUCUUCAUCCCUUGCCAGAGGAGAAGAGGAAACACAAGAAGCGCCUGGUGCAAAGUCCCAAUUCCUACUUCAUGGAUGUGAAGUGCCCAGGAUGCUAUAAAAUCACCACCGUUUUUAGCCACGCACAAACGGUAGUUUUGUGUGUUGGUUGCUUCGCUGUCCUCUGCCAGCCCACAGGAGGAAAAGCAAGGCUUUCAGAAGGAUGUUCCUUCAGAAGGAAGCAGCAUUAAAAGUACCCUGAAUCAAGACGAGUGGGAAAUCAAAACCAUCCCAAUAAAUACAUUUUGGAUAAAAAAAUAAAUUAAAAAAAAUUAAAAAUGGCUUAAAAUGUGCACUUUAACAUCUAGGUAGGAAAAAAUAAAAAAGAAGUUGAAAGAAAAAAUUUUAGCCUGGUAGGCAGCACAUGCCUGUAAUUCUAGCACUCUAUGUAGCAUAAACUACAAAGAAAAAGCAACAGCAAUAAAAACCUAACCAGUUUUUAGCCACCAAAAGUCUGUACUUAUAUUCAGGAAAACAAAUUAUUUUCUGGGGAAUGAAAACACAUUAACAACAAAGGUAUGAAUGGCAGAAACAGAGCAUAACUGAUGAUAAAACACAGAAGACCUUCUUAAGGGCUGCUGCAAUCUAAGAAAAAGCACCUUGGGGCGGGUGAUAAGAUACAAUGAGUCAGCACUAGAUAGUAGCAAUACAUACAUGAUUCAUAUCUAUACCCCCCCUUCAUUUUGCAAAUGAAGUCUUUGCUUAAAUGUUAGCUUUUUGGUAAGGGUUUUUCUGUACACCAUAUUACAAACCUUACCCUACAUUUUUGUAUACUGAAUAUCUGCUUUAUUUUUCUCCACAUCAUUUAUUACCACAACAGACUAUAUAUUUUUGCUUGUAUGCUUACCACGUAUUUAUCCUUUUGAAGGCUUAACAGUAAUGGGAAUUCUGUUGCAUCUCCAGUACCUUGUACUGUUUGGCAUGUGGUAAGGACACAAUAAAUGAGUAGAGCAGAAAGCUAAGAUUAAGUAGUGUGAAGAAGUCACACAGGCAGAAAGGAGAUGAUAGAGCCAGGUUUCUAACA